CCUACAUGUGCUGCACCAGGGAUACAAGGAGAAUGGGUAUUGUGGGCUUUCUGCUGCUUGGUCUUGGAGCCCACAUAGCUUCCUGCGGCAGUCACAUUCUACAUUACUGCAUUACUGCGGUGGUUUCAGACCCUGCCUAUGGCCUGCCGCAGUAUUCCAUUGUAGGUUAUGUGGAUAACUUGCUUAUUGGAAGGUACAGCAGCCAAACACGCCGUCCUGAGUUUCUCAUACAAUCACUGAGAGACCUAUUUGAGCACACAGAGGAGCUAACCAGAAUUAUACAUCAUAAAGAGAAUGCAGAUACAAUGAUAAUGAAAGUCAUACUAUCUUCAUUAAACAAGACUGGUGAUGGAGAUUUUCACAUUUUUCAAAUAAAGUAUGCCUGUGAGCUGCUCGAGGACAGCAGCAUUAGUGGUAAGGAAGAAUUAGCACUGAAUGCCAAAACGUUUAUAACAUACAAUACAGAAAACCCAGAGUAUAUCCCAGUAGUGCCGGCGGCUCUGACUGCCGCUCAGAAAUGGACUGAACUUUAUGCCAAACUAGAAAAGGACUAUAUGGAACAUGAGUGCGUCAGUCACCUGAAACUGUACCUUCCUUAUCUAAAGAAAGACUUGGAAAAGAAAGUUCCCCCCAAAGUGAAGGUUUCCAGCUCAGAGUCAGAGAGCGGUACCAAACUGCACUGCCGGGUGUAUGGGUUCUACCCCCGAGAUGUGGAAGUGAAGUGGAUAAAGAAUGGGAGAGAUGAGAUUCACUCAGAGGAGGCAGCACAGAUCCUGCCAAACCCUGAUGGCACCUAUCAGAUCAGAGUCAGUGUGGGGGUAACACCAGAGGGGGGCGCCACUUACUCCUGCCAUACAGAUCACAGCAGUUUGGAGAAGACACUGGUUGUUCCCUUUGAAGCCAACAACGGAAUGCUCCUCUACAUUUUAAUCGCUCUCGCUGUGACUGUUAUUUUAUUGGCUGUUCUCCUGGGAGUAUUUAUACACAGAAAGAGAUCGGACCGACAACCUGUGAACACAGAAGAGACAGAUUGAAUUGAGCCAUUAAAUGGCACUUUAUCUUAUGUGGAACUGCCCAGUAACAUGGCUCUUACUUUCUCUUCACAAAUACUUCCUUCCCAUCUGUGACAACUUCCUGACUAAAUAGGAAGAGGUCAAGCAAGAAAUGGCAUUUACUUCACAUACCAAACAAAACCCUGCUCAGAAUGAGAGGACAGAUGGACGGACACAUUUGGGUUUUUGUACCCCCAGAAUAGGGUUAGACAGUAGUUGGUAGUGCCGGUACCCCCUGGGUAUGGUGCCUGUAGCUUUCUGGUUAAUGCCACUUGUAGUGGCAAAUGGAGGAGGGGCUGGCAGUGAAUGAUGGCAAAUGGAGGAGGGGCUGGCAGUAAAUGAUGACAAAUGGAGGAGGGGCUGGCAGUGAAUGAUGACAAAUGGAGGAGGGGCUGGCAGUGAAUGAUGACAAAUGGAAGAGGGGCUGGCAGUGAAUGAUGACAAAUGGAAGAGGGGCUGGCAGUGAAUGAUGACAAAUGGAAGAGGGGCUGGCAGUGAAUGAUGACAAAUGGAGGAGGGGCUGGCACUGUAUGAUGACAAAUGGAGGAGGGGCUGGCAGUGAAUGAUGACAAAUGGAGGAGGGGCUGGCACUGUAUGAUGACAAAUGGAGGAGGGGCUGGCAGUGAAUGAUGACAAAUGGAGGAGGGGCUGGCAGUGUAUGAUGACAAAUGGAGGAGGGGCUGGCAGUGAAUGAUGACAAAUGGAGGAGGGGCUGGCAGUGUAUGAUGACAAAUGGAGCAGGGGCUGGCAGUGAAUGAUGGCAAAUGAGUGGACAAUGAGGGAGUGUCAGGGGUGUUGCCUCCAUAUGGCCCUCAGUGUCCAUAUCUCUUGGAUUGGUAAUGCCCGAUCCCAGCUCUUGGGGGAGACAUAGGUGCCUCAAACACUACUGCCACACUUACCCCUACAUGUCUGUAAGCUUCCCACCCACUGUAAGCUCCAUGGGGCACGCACCACCUUUCUCUUAAUAGAGAGCCACUAAUUUUGAAUGUAAAUGUAUUUUUGUAUUUAGUUCUAUUCUAUUUUUUGUAUUGACCUCUGUGUGUGUUAUUAUUGUAUAGUUUAAAUAUACAGAGCACAAGGUUCAGUGCUCAGUGGUGAUGUCUGCGGUCUGGCCUGUCCUACACUCACUCACCCCCGGUCUGGCCUGUCCUACACUCACUCACCCCCGGU